AUGGUUGAUAUGGAUGGAUUUGGAGGUGGGGGUGAUGUUGGAAGAAGUCCCAAUAAUGGAGAUCUUAGGCAAUUGGGUGAUGUUCCCACAGGAGGUGCUGUUUUUGAUGCAUCACAAUAUGCAUUCUUUGGGAAAGAUGCUGUCCAGGAAGUUGAUUUGGGAGGGUUAGAGGACAAUGCCCAUUUGCCUACUUUUGAGUCUAAUGAGGAGGAGUUCUUUUUUAAUCGAGAACAGGAUGAGGACGUAAGAUCUCUUUCCGAUAUUGACGAUCUUACAACCACCUUUUGGAAGUUGAACAAGGUUGUCAGCGGACCAAGAAACCCAGGUGUUAUUGGUGAACGGGGAUCAAGAGAAAACUCUACAUCUGAUUUGGCACAAAGGGAAGAUGUUCAUAGCUGGUAUGAUCAGAAUGCUUAUGACAGUGAAGGUUCAAUUGAUGGAAAAAGAUGGUCAUCACAGCCCCAAUCUUCUCUUGCUCAUUUACAAAGUUCAAAGUCCUUGUACAGAACAUCUUCAUAUCCCGAGCAGCAAAGGCAGGAUCAAAACUAUCACCUCCAACAUUGUAACAGUGAGCCCGUUCACAACUGGCUUGAUCAGCAGAUUUAUGAUACUGAAACAGCUCAUGAUGACAAACGGUGGUCAUCUCAGCCGCAUACCUCCAUUCCACACUUGCACGAAUCAACAUCCUUGUACAGAACAUCUUCAUAUCCAGACAAACAACCGGAGCUUACACGUUUUUCUAGUGAGCCAAUAUUGGUACAGAAGUCUUCAUUUACUUCUUAUCCUCCGCCAGGUGGUCGGUCUCAGCAGGGUUCUCCAAGUCAAAGUACAGGUCACUUAAACAUUCCUUAUCACACUGGACCAGCAGCUCAGAUGGCGCUAUCAUCUCAAAAUCGUUCACAUUUCUCCAAUUCUGCUCUACAGUUGAGUGGAUUAAACCUUGGGUCUCAUUUUGGUGGAAACACACGUCAAUUUCUUACUGGUUCCUCCUCUCUUAAUCAACGAAUACAGAACCAAUUGAUCAACCAAGCAGGGUUAUAUCCGGGAGAUCGUUCCAACCUCCUUAGUAAUAUGUUGCAGCAACAAUUACAACUUCAUAAUGGAUCGGUUUCUCCUCACUUGAUGACUCAAUUGCAACAGCAUAGACUGCAUCAUCCUGUUCAGCAAUCUGCAGGCUACUUGUCAGGUUUCCAGUCCCAUUUAUUUAACCCCCAUCUUUCCUCUAGCUCAUCCGUCAGUAGCAAGUAUGAUCAUAGACCGAAAUCAACUCAAAAAGGUAAACAUAGUCAUCGUUUAUCCCAUCAGGGUUCUGAUGCCAGUAGCCAGAAGAGUGAGAGCAGUUCAUUACAGUUUCGCUCCAAGUAUAUGACUAGUGAUGAAAUUGAGAGUAUUCUUAGAAUGCAACUUGCUGUCACUCAUAGUAAUGAUCCAUACAUAGAUGACUAUUACCACCAAGGCCGUCUUGCGAAAAAACCUUCUGUGGCAAAGUUAAAACAUCCGUUUUGCCCAACCCAAAUAAAAGAACUUCCUUCACGAACACGUUCUACUAAUGAUCCACAUGCAUUUCUUCAGGUUGAUACCCUAGGGAGGGUUUCAUUUUUGUCCAUUCGUAGGCCUCGCCCUCUUCUCGAGGUCGAUCCUCCAAACUCUUCUGUUCCUGGUAGCUCUGAGCUAAAGACUUCAGAAAAGCCUCUCGAACAGGAGCCUACAUUUGCUGCCAGAGUCACAAUUGAAGACGGUCUUUGUCUUCUUCUUGAUGUUGAGGAUAUUGAUCGUUUCCUACAGUCUAAUCAGCCACAAGACGGUGGAACGCAAUUAAGACGAAGAAGGCAGGUCCUGUUAGAAGGACUAGCUACUUCACUUCAACUAGUUGACCCGCUGGGAAAGAAUGGACAUAAGGUUGGGCUUGCAGCUAAGGAUGACCUUGUUUUCUUACGGAUAGUAUCUGUCUCUAAGGGACGCAAGCUCCUUGCAAAGUAUCUUCAAUUGCUUCUUCCUGGUAGUGAGCUUAUGAGAAUAGUCUGCAUGACCGUCCUUCGGCAUCUAAGAUUCUUAUUUGGAGGUCUCCCAUCAGACCCGGCUGCUGCAGUGACUACAUGCAGCCUUGCCAAAGUUGUUUGCCAAUGUGUCAGAGGAAUGGAUCUUGGUGCUCUUAGCGCCUGUCUUGCUGCAGUUGUUUGUUCUGCAGAGCAUCCUCCUCUACGCCCUGUUGGAAGCACUGCUGGAGAUGGUGCUUCCCUUAUUUUAGUAUCUGUUCUUGAGAGGGCUACCGAGCUUCUAACCGAUCCACAUGCAGCCUGCAACUAUAAUAUGGGCAAUCGUUCGUUUUGGCAGGCCUCGUUUGAUGAAUUCUUUGGCCUUCUUACCAAGUAUUGCAUGAAUAAAUACCAUAGUAUCAUGCAGUCCCUGCUUAUACAAAGUACACCAAAUGUGGAUGAUAUUGGAUCAGAUGCUGCUAAAGCUAUUAGUAAUGAAAUGCCUGUUGAACUCUUGCGUGCAAGCCUCCCUCAUACCGAUGACCGCCAAAGGAAGCUAUUACUGGAUUUCGCUCAGCGAUCUGUUCCCGUGGUUGGAUUUAACAGUAAUUCCGGGGGAAGUGGAGGUCUUCUGAAUUCAGAGACAGUGCUAAGUUGA